AAAUCUGCUGAUGAAAUUCAGAUAAACAACCAGAGGGUUGUCCCUCGUAAGAUUUUACAUGGCAGAUUCCGAUGAAGAAUCCGAUCGCCGUCGUAGCCGUGAUAAAUUUCGCCGUGAACGUAGUGAUCACGAUGGACGUCGUCGUCCUGGUGAUAAACGAGAGCCAUUCGACGACCGAUCAGGCACUGUAGGUGUUGCACCGGCUCGUGAAGAUAAUCGUUUGUCAGGUGAAGGUCGGAAUGACCGUGGACGAUCACCUGCAGAACCUCCUUACAAAAGACCUCGUAAAGAUAACAGUGAUGAUAAUAAACCAAGUUCAUACCAACGAAAGGAUACCAAAAGUUCAAGUGUUUCGGAAUACGAUGGCAUGUACAGGCCUCCAGUAAUACCAUUUAAACGGUUUCUUGAUCCUUUGGACGACUUGAUAACUGAAGAAGAGGCGUGUAGUAAAUACAAAGAAUACAAGGAAGGAUAUAUGAAGCGUCAUACCGAAGAGUUCUUUGAUGCACACAAAAAUGAGGAAUGGCUUCGUUUUCGUUAUCAUCCCGAUUACAUGAAUGAAAGAAAAGCCGCUCUCAGCGCAGCAGCCAAGCAUCGUCUAGAUGUUUUCAUGGAGCUUUUACAUAAAGGCUUUCUCGAAAAUCAGUCUGUUCAGAUGGACAAUAGUGAGAAUCUCAUAAAACUCAUGGAUGCUGUUGUUAUCAAACUUGAAGGUGGUUCUGAUGAAGACCUAAAGGUACUUGAAGAAUCUGAUCGUAAUAGAUAUUCAGACGAAGAAGUAGUACAUCAGUCUCAGUCUUCUGGACCUAUUUGUUGUGAAAAUAAAAGUGAAGGAGAGGCUGAAUCUGAUGAAGAUUUCGAACAUGAGAAGCCUAACACAGAACUUCCUAGAAAAGUGAUGCCAGAACCUCUUCACACUCCAGGUUCUACUGUGGAGUGUCGAACAACUAACCGACGUGCACGAACUGAGUCAAACAAGUCUGGUAGCUCAGCUCCUUCACAAAGUAGCCGGAGUAGCGAUAGUGACAGUGGUUCUUCAAGCGAUGACGAAGCUGAUGAAAGCUCCAAACCUAAAGCUGAAGUUGAGCAGAAGUGUAAUGAACUCGGUAAUAUUCAUGACGUUGCACGGUCUGAAGUUGACGAAGAUGACGACGAUGUACCCACCCCUACAACUGCCGAGUCCCCAAGAGGAUGUAAAAAUGAAGACUCUUCUGUUUCUAUGAUCAUCGGCUCGGUAAAUGAUACACCUGUCAAACAUCCUAUUUUGGGAGAUCCUUCCAACGCUCCUCAGUCCAAGUGUGCAAAUCCACCAAGACUGCUACAUAAAACUGCCUCUAUAUUCUUCCGAGCGUUACCUCCAACUAUAAUGGAAAGCGAACUCAAAGAGCUUUGCGCUUCUCAACCUGGAUUCAUAAGAUUGGCUCUUUGGGAACCUGUUCCUGAACGUCGAUUUAUGCGACAUGCUUGGGCCACAUAUGAUCCUUCUGUUAACAUCAAAAAGAUAUGUUGGGCGUUAAAUACCAGUACUUUAUUACGCGAAAAACUUGAACUGCCAAACGGAGAAUUAGGUGCUACGGUUAAUCGUGAUUUAGCCCAGAGAGUUCGUCCUCUUACUCCUCUCACACGUCAUAAACCAGUUAUGCGACAAGAUUUACUCUUGGCUGCGCAACUUGUCGCACGUUUAGAUGCUAAACAUAAUCUAUGGAGUCAUUUGGAAAUUCCUGAUAGUACAAAUGAUUUGAAUACAAUUGGUAAGCUCAAAAUCAAUGGUGAUUCGGAAUUCAAGAAUAUUUGUGAUUAUACAGCUCUGGAAAUGGCUAUUAAGAGUAAAAAUCCAUUACUUAAAAAUCUGACAGACUAUCUUGUUGAUGAAGGUGGAAGUGAAGAAGAAGCACUUAUAGCGGAAACUCAAGCAGAGGGUGAAGGAUGUGACAAUAGUAGUAAUACUGUAGUUGGACGUGUUCACACUGUAACAUUGGAAUCCGACCCUAAUUUGGCUCGUACUUUAGAUCUGUUAAUACUCUAUUUACGUAUUGUCCAUUCUAUGGAUUACUAUGCAGGAGCUAUCUAUCCCAUGGAGGAUCUCAUGCCUCAUCGAUGUGGAAUUCUUCAUGCAAGAGGUGACAGAGGAAUAAAUCCUGUUCCUGGUGCUCGUUCUAGUGGUCUGGCUUUCACUCAGAGAGAAAUUAAUGAUCACCUUCAGAAUUUCGCUUUAAAAUUGCGUACUCUUAUCGAAGUACCAAAAGAUUUAACUGAAGAGGAAAUGAAAAAGUUAGGUAUGCGAGAUCCUGAAAAAGCUGCAGAAGAAUUCGUUGAAGCUAAUAUUCAAAAAAGAACUGGCAAGAAAAAACCAUUUAAAGUUGUAUGGGUAUGUCCAUUAUCCGACAAGAAAUUCCGUGAACCAAUUUUUGUUCGUAAACAUAUUUUCAAUAAACACAUGGACAAGGUAGAAGCAGCUAAAAAAGACAACGCAAUAUUUUAUAAUAACUAUUUGAAAGAUCCUAGACGUCCAUCAUUACCAGAAGCUCCUUAUCAUUUGUUAAAUCAAUAUUAUCCAUCUUUAAGUUCGAAUUCAAAUAGUAAUAAUCAUACAUACAGAGGUAGAGGUUCUGGACGUGGUAAUACGGGUGGAAGUUAUCGUGGAUAUAGGAAUAAUUCACUUCUUUCAACAGCACCAAGUUAUGUACGGGGUACUGGAACUUUUCAGGUAUGCUGUAUACAUAUAACUUAUUUUCGUUUCGAUAUUGUUGGUAUAUUCUGUCAAUUUGAACAUUUUUGUUGGUUUACUAUUCAUUUCUGUGGAUUCAGAGAUAAAAAGGUGUCUUAUGAGCUACUUGAGAAAAUUUAUAACAUGAAAUGUAAUAACUUAAGCUUCUACUAUACUGUCCGUCUACCAACUAUUAACGCAAGUUUUCCGUCCAGCAAUCCUUCAAGUAUUGCUCUACGGUUGAAAAACACUCUAUAGAAGACAUGCUUAGACCAGAAUUAUGUGAUCAUAGGUUUUUCCGAAUUACUGGUUGUUUAUUGUAGUAACGUACUACUAGAGAAAAACGGAAAAUCGGUAGAUGAAGCUAUAUGUAAACUUUCCUGAUGGAUUAAGAGCCAAUAGAAUAGUAAUAAUUAAUAGUUGAAGAUGUUAGACUCUACAGCACAAAUCUGGUUGUAUUCGCACGAUUGUCCACACUAUGUUCCUUUUAGUCUUGGGUUGAGUUAAUAAUGAUUGCUAACUAUACUACUACUACUACUACUACUACUACUACUACUACUACUACUGGGUGCUUUUUUGUGCCAUCUAAACUUAACAUAAUUGAAUUUCUCGAUUGUAUAUCUUGAAUUUCAAUAUUGUUUUAAUGGUGAUAUAAUGAACUAAAAAAUCGACUGUUAUCUAUUCAUUUUGACUGAUUUUUAUAGUGUUUAAGAAAAGUUGUACAUCUCGAACUAAAUGACUCAUGUCAGUACCAGCGUUGUAAUUGCUUUUCAAGUUUAUGCCAUCAUUAAUAACUAUGAAUUAUUUCAUUAUUAUUCAAACCCAAAUACUAAUAACGAUAUAAACAUCAUACUUAUUGAACAAAUUUGUGGCUAUCUACACCUAGUAGUAGCUCAGUUAACAACGCCUUGUAAUUUAAUAGUGAAGGGCAAUGAGUCAUGGUAUCAAUCUGUGAACAUCAACACUAGGAUGCAGGUAUAUCCACCCAAUGAGUUCCAAAUAAGGCGAAAAAAACUUCUUAAACCCGUCCGUGAGUUUCAGGUCAUUUAUUAAGUAAAGUUUUUUGGACUGUUUUGUAAAUUCCAUUACUCAACUAUUUUUCCCUUUGUCCAGGACUAUUAUGAUGUGGCAGCUCAACAACAACAACACCAAGCUAUGGCGGCUGUAGCAGCAGCAGCUGCUGCCGCUUUAUAUCCAAACGCUGCGACAGCAGCUGAUUUGUAUGCAUUGGCUGCACAGGCAGGUGCACCUCGCACAGGUCUUGGAAUGUCUAGGUCGCGUGGUCAACGUGGUUCUUCACCAUCUCAUGAUUUCAAUCAUCGACCAUAUAGUAGUAGUAGUACAUUGGAUAAUCGCCGGAGACAGCCUACAAAUUAUUCGACAAAUAGACGUCCAGUUGGUGGUGGCGGCGGUACUACGACCGGUGAACGAACAAUGAUAUCAUAUAAUGAUUUAGAUGAUCCUGGAAAUGAUGUGCUUUAAAUUGAAUUAACUAAUUAAUCUAAUCAUCUUCAUCGACUGUUACAACAACUGCUUUAUUUUCUAUGUUCUUGUUUUCUGUUUGUUUCUAAAGUUUAUCACGUUGACACAUUUAAAUGAAUAUCAUGUAUAUCUGAACAUUGUGCAUUUUCAUAUUCUUUUUUCCUUAUAUUAAUUACAAUAAGAAAAGUUCUAUU